GGGACUUGCCAAGAGAAAAGAUGGAACAUACACAAAAGGAGCUAAUAUUGGAACAAAAAGAAGAGGAACUAGCCAAGGUGGAGGUGUGGAAAUAUGUGUUAGGAUUCUCUAAAAUCGCAGUAGUGAAGUGUGCGAUUGAGCUUGGAAUAGCUGAUGCUAUUGAAAGCCAUGGAAGUGCCAUGACACUCUCAGAGCUAGCCGCAAUUCUCAAGUGUGAUCCUUCUUCUCUUUACCGCAUCAUGAGGUUCCUAGUUCAUCACCAAAUAUUCAAAGAAGUACAACCCAAAAUCCAACUAGGCCCCAGAAGCUAUGCACAAACACCUUUGUCCCGCUGCCUACUAAAAUCCGGUAAAAACAGCAUGGCUGCAUUAAUUUUGCUGGAGGCUAGUCCGGUAAUGCUAGAACCGUGGCAUGGCCUUAGUGCUGGGGUUCAGGGCGAUGGCAUGAGUACUCCCGCGUUUGAGGCAGUACAUGGUGAGGAUGUAUGGAGCUUUGCCGCGGCUAACCCCGGUCACAGCGAGCUUAUCAAUGAAGCAAUGGCUUGUGAUGCCAGGCUCGCAGUGCCUGCAGUGAUUGAAAGUUGUAUAGAGGUUUUUCAUGGGAUUGAGAGCAUAGUAGAUGUGGGUGGUGGUGAUGGGACUACUUUAAGCUUGUUGGUUAAGGCUUGCCCUUGGAUUACUCGAGGGAUCAAUUUUGAUCUUCCUCAUGUUGUGUCUGUUGCUAAGGAGAGUGACCGAGUUGAGAAUGUUGGAGGUGACAUGUUUGAUUGUAUUCCAAAGGCCGAUGCUGCAAUUAUCAAGUCGGUUCUUCAUGAUUGGGGCGACGAAGAGUGCAUCUGUAUACUUAGGAAUUGUAGGGAAGCGAUUCCCAAGGACAAAGGGAAGGUAAUAAUUCUGGAAGCUAUUAUUGAAGAAGAUGAGUUGGAAGAAGAUGAGCUCACAGAUGUGAGGUUGAUGCUAGACAUGGUGAUGAUGGCCCACACUAACACUGGCAAAGAGAGGACCUUAAAGGAAUGGGGAUAUGUUCUUCAGCAAGCUGGCUUUAGCCGACACACAGUCACACCUAUAAGUGCUGUCCAAUCUGUUAUUCAGGCUUUUCUGUAAUGUAGGAACCUAUAUUUGUGGGUUCUGAUGUCGUGGAAUUCGUGUUUCAUUGUGUACUUCUGUUCAAGUUACCUACUACUCUGUCCUAUGUUGUUUCUGUAUGCAUGAUUGGCAAUAAGAAAAUCUGAGCUUAUCUUUUU